AACACUGUCAGGAAGUAAAAAAGACGCUACUGCCUCCCUCUAGCGGCCGUAUCUCGCACUACCGCCAGUUUAUCGUGAUCCAAACCAAACCAAAAUGGCAGUUUGUGACAGAUCUGAACAAGUGUUCAAGUCUUGAUGGUUAAAUAUUUGUUUUUUUAUACCAUGGAGACUUCAAAAAUUCGUCAUCUGUGCUUCAGCUUUAGAGUGUUGUGGUCCUGACCGUAGCGCACAGUGGGAGGGCACCCUGAACGUUGUGACAGAUAGUGAUUAGUGGUGCUUAUUUUAGUGUUGUGAAAGUGAACAAGCAAGUAUGGCACGACAACCUCCACCUCCCAGAGAUUUGGAUGGCUUUCAGCCACUUCUCUCAACUGCUGAUACAAAGAGGAAAUAUGAAAUCGGAUGUGAUCUCAUCACUUAUCUUGGGGAUCCAAGCAACCCCAUUGAUUGUUUGGAUAUUGGUCUUUUCAUUGAUGGAUUAAUACCAUGGAUGCACAGCAACAACUUCAAGGGGACAGUAAGGAUAUGGUGCGGAACAAAGCUCAACUUCUUUUAAUGAAAAUUUUGGAAAGAGAUGUAGUCACUACUCAACAAUUAUUUGACAAGCUAUCUCCUGCGUUCUCACACAAAAAUGGUAGAAUCCGUGAGGAAGUUCUGACGACGUUAGUGACAACAAUAAAUGAACACGGCAUUCAAUCCCUUUUAGUUUCACGUCUUAUUCCCUCCAUUGUAAAGUCGCUUAGUGACCCAAUGUCAACAGUACGUGAUGCAGCAUUCAACACCCUGGUUGAUAUUUACCGGCACGUCGGCGAAAGGUUGCGGCAGGACCUGACCAAGAAGCACCAAGUGCCACCUUCCAAGUUACCGGCCCUUAUGGCUCGUUUCGACGAAAUUCGAGAAGAAGGUGGACUCCUCCCCACUGCUCUUUCUGGCGAUGCGCUGAGGGACGAGGAUGAAGUCGACCGAGCAGUGAAAAUCUCUGCCAAAAAGCUGUCCUCUGCUCCCCCUGUCCCGGUGAAGAGAAACACCCUGGCUGCUGCCAAACCAACUCCCGCGUCUGUGCCAGGCAUUCCACUUUCUUCAACCGCACUGAAGAGAGUUUCUUCUCUUAAGCGAACUCCAUCAGCUGCAGGUCAAGCUGGUGCAAUGGAUGAAGAACAAUUUAUGCGUUCUUUUGAAGACGUCCCCCGAGUACAAUUAUUUUCUUCCAAGGAUCUAGAUGAUCACCUAAAUCAAGUUAGAGAGACAAUAGCAGAUCAAACCAAAGACUGGAACAAAAGAGUUGAUGCACUAAAAAAAGUACGGUCCAUCUUGAUUGCUGGAGCCUCAAGUUUUGAAGAACUGUAUGGUCAUUUAAGACUGUUAGAACUUCCAUUCCAAUUAUCAAUUAAAGAUCUCAGGUCUUUGGUUGUCAGAGAAGCUUGCAUUACUGUAGCCUACAUGUCACAUCAGCUCAAGCAAAAGAUGGACCAUUUUGCAGAAACUGUUCUUCCUAACCUAGUUCAUCUUAUUCAGAACUCGGCUAAGGUUGUUGCUUCUGCCGGUGUAGUUACAAUACGCUUUAUCCUUCAGCAUACUCAUGCUCCUAGGCUUGUGCCAAUCAUUGUAUCCAAUAUAAGCCAUAAGUCCCGUGAUAUCCGUCGUGCUUGCUGUGAAUUUUUAGAUCAACUUCUUCACACUUGGUCCCGCCAUUCUCUAGAGAGGCAUAUUCCCUUGUUACAAGAAGGAAUUAAGAAAGGAAUUUCUGAUGCAGACUCUGAGGCUAGAUUGACAUCUCGCAAGGCUUAUUGGGGUUUCAAGGACCACUUUCCUGAGCAAGCAGAUGCCUUAUUGAACACAUUAGAUAGUUCUUACAAGAGAGCUCUGUUCGGAGAACUAAGCUUAUCUAAUUCAAGUUCGAAUUCUUCUCUCCAUCACCAAGCAUCAUUACCAUCCAGUCGCUAUGGACAGAGUUCCGUGUCUACCCCGCGUUCCCGACCACCAGGAAGUGGAAGUGCACAAGAUGGCUUGCGACGCGGUAUGGUUUCACCUUCCCCAUCAUCAAUGAUGAUGCGCUCUAACUCAGCAAUGGAUGCAGCUGCAGUCCAAAGAGCCAAAGUGCGAACACAGUAUGCAGCUUUGUCAAGGCAGAAAGUAGGCUCUGGCACAUCCUUGCCACGCGCCCGGAAAUCACCGAUGGUUACUCCUCAAGAGCGUACAAGCCGCACUCGAACAAGGGUUGCUGGAGUUUCUCAGUCCCAACCCACAAGUCGAUCAGGCUCUCCAUCAUCUAGACUGAGCUAUGUUACUUACGGCUUCAGAGGCGAUGGUGAUGCUGCUGAUAGCUCACCCUCUUAUGUUGGAACCUUGGGCCGACCUCGAAGAUUGGGAUCUGGAAUUCCUCGCUCAACUCAUGGCAGUAGAGACGCUUCUCGUGAGACAAGCCCCAACCGAUUUGGUGCUUUAGGUGGUCAUCUUUACGACAGGUCCUUUGGAUCUAAACUUAGGGGUAGACAUGGUAUGUCGCCAUCUGAAAGGCCUCCUACAUCAAGCCGUCCUGUAAUGGCUCAAAAAAUUUUACAAGCAAGCAGGGAAGCAGAGUCAGCACUAGCUGAUGCCUUGGUGAGCAGAGGACAUUCAAUAGACAGUCCUGAAUACACAAGAGGAUCUCCAAGGAAAUCUUACAGAUCAUUUGAAGAUCAUUCUGAUGAGAGCGAAACAUCCAGUGUGUGCUCAGAGCGCUCAUUUGAAUCAUUCCGACGCCCUUCAGAUUCAUACUCAUGGAGCGGUUCACAACAGCGAUUGUAUCGUGAUGUGUGGGAACCAUCCCCUAAGGACAUUGCUGAAAUUAUUGCUAAUUGUGCUAGUACUCUAUGGAGUGAUCGUAAGGAAGGUCUCCUUGGACUCCAAGCAUAUUUUCAGGCUGGCAACAUGCUCAACGCCUCUGAACUUCGUCGCAUCACUGAUAUUUUUACUAAAAUGUUCAUGGAUUCUCACACAAAGGUUUUCAGUUUGUUUCUGGAUACACUUCAUGAGCUGAUUGUGUGUCAUCAUGCGGACUUAAAUGAUUGGCUGUAUGUACUUCUGACAAGACUGCUUAAUAAAUCUGGGGCUGACUUGCUUGUUAGUCAGCAGACUAAAAUUAACAAAGUGACAGAAGUAGUUCGGGAUGUAUUUCCUCUAGAAUUACAGCUAAGUGCUCUGAUGCGCUUCCUCACUGACCCUGCCCAAACACCGAAUCUCAAAGUAAAAGUGGCAACAUUGAGGUAUCUUACACAAUUGGCUGCAAUGAUGGACCCUGGAGGCCUAUCUUCUGUGGCAUCUUCUCCUUCGCCAGGAGGUGGAAGUGACCAGUUUGCAAAUGCUUUAGCCAAAAUUAUAAGCUGGACUCAGACUGAAUUGAUGGGAGGGAAGGGUGGAGAUAUUCGGAAGUCAGCUCAACAGGCUUUACUUACUUUAUUCAAUCUCAACACUCCAUUGGUCACCAUGAAACUUGCUUCCCUACCAAAGGACUAUCAGGAGGCAGCUUACAGUCUGGUUCAAAGUGACUUGCGAAGAAGCAGUAGUGGCGGAGGAAGCGAUGGACAAAGUCAUAGUAAUGGCAUUUCAUCAACCCUAAGCUCCCCUCCAUCGUCAACUAUUUCCUCUCCCCCUCAGUUGCAGUCACCAAGGACACCUACCCCAACAGGGGCUCGGUCAUCACCUCUGCGUACUUUAAAUCACCAUUAUGGUGGGCAUCAUCCAUCCAACAUUCCUCAGCAUCAUUCGCAUCACUUAGAUGAUGAAAACUUGAAUCCAGAAGAAGUCCAUCGGUCAUUGCGAAGGACUACAGCAGAAAUCCAAAGUUAUAGCUUUGAGCCUCUGAACUCUGGUAAAAUGCUUGACAGAGAAAGAGAUCGAGACACAACUUCUCAAGAUUCAGGCAUCAGUCAAAUGUCUGUUGGUCCAGGAGACAAGCUAGAAGCGUUAGAGGAAAGGAUUGAAGAUCUUAAUAUUUCAUCAAACUCGGGUCGAGCCUCCUCUUUGCCUUCUCCUACACAUAAAUUUAAUGGACUGCUUGAUAAAACUUUGUCAGGAGACUCUGUAGACGGUGAAAAUGGAUUCAUUUCUAAAGGUGAAGAAGCCUAUCAGGAAGAUAAGGAAGCCAUUCAAAAGAUUGUUCAGACUCUGAGGGCUGAGGAAGAUUCUAUAGAUGCACCUGUAACUGAAAGAAUUGUUGCCUUGAAACGCCUAGACCUCCUCGUGAGAGAGGGCUCAACUCAGGCAAUUAUAGAUAACUUUAAAUCCUUAUUAAGAGUGCUAAUGCAUCAAAUUCUGAAGCCUGACAAUCAAAUUCGUUGUCAAGUGCUCAAUGUUCUUACUGAAAUGGUCAAGAAGCAGUCUUUGGCUCCCUGCUUCUCAAUGUUUGUAGAACUCCUUGUUCUUAAGGUGUUGCAAUCACAUGGAGAUGUGAAGGAAGUAAGUAGGGAUGAUGUUGUUCUUAGAAGUUCUGAAGCUUGUGCAUCAGCAAUGGCCAUCUAUUUACCUUCUGAUGUGAUAGUACAUGUUUUGAUACCCCUAAUUGUGACUGGGGAGUACCCUGUCAACCAGAGUUCGAUUAAAAUGUUGACAAAACUAGUUGAACACCAUGGAGCCAGCAGUAUUGACCCUCGUCUUUCAGACCUUAUGCCAGGCAUCAUGAAAGCUUAUGAAAAUGAAGUAAGCUCAGUUCGCAAAGCAGCUGUGUUCUGCAUGGUUGCUCUGCAUGUUGCUCUUGGCGAAGAGGCGCUGGCGCCAUAUCUUGCUACACUAACUGGUCCAAAGCUCAAACUUUUAGAUUUGUACAUAAAGAGAGCUAAGGGUUGUUCAGGUGCUUCAUUACCUACAUCACCAAAAAAUGUGCCGAUGUAAGGGUGGCUUUUAAAAUUAAAAUAAAGUAAUUUGCAUAAAAUAUUGUUAUGAAUUUGAUUCUCCCAUUAAAGCCUCUACAGAUAACUUCUUUGUGAAAUAUCUCAAAAUCCUGUCCAUGUGAUAUUGCUACCAUGGCCAUCAAAGCUGGUACAGUAAUUGCUAAACUUUUUAACCAUUCCUUUUAUCUUGUUUUCUAUUUGAAGUUCUGAACAUUGUUUUAUGUCUCUAUGUGCAUUUUGAGUUCAUAUCUCUGUGAAUUCAACAGGGUAAUGACUAUUAUUAUUUAUGUAAUUUAAAGAUGAAAGUAGGGUCUGGUAACAAUUGUAACUGACUGUAGUGCCACACUUACAAAAACGUGUAUCUAAUUCAUUCACUGUGAUUAGCAGUUGCGCAGGAGGGAGUGAUUGAUUGUGUCCUUAUACAGUAGUAUGUACAUCAGCCAUGUUCUGUCUUAAUAAACAACUGCUUUGUUUUCCAAUCUGAAAUGUCAAUGCUGGACCUCUGAAAUUAGACAGCUAUUCAAAAGUUUGGAACAUUUAGUUAAAUCAAUACAUGUCUUGUUUCAGAAGAAUGUGAAAUCAUCUUUUCUUAUUCUAUAUUUUCUUUCAAUGUCAUUGCAUUUUAUUUAUAUAGGCUUUUUUUAUAGAAAUGGGCUAUCUCUAUGAAUAUUAUCAAAGGUUGUAGAUAUUGUCGGAUGUAUUUAUUUCUUAAAUUAUUGUGAUGGGAGAUAAUUUUCAUAUGCUGCCAACUGUCAUUUUGAGGCUUUAAUGGGUUUCAGUGCUAUUUUUGUUAAGUUGUUCUAAUUUGUAAUCUUUAUUGAACAAUUUUGAAUUUUUUAUGGUAGCAAUUGAUUUUAUAAUUCAAUUAAAUGGUAGAAAGAGUGCUAUGAAUGAGACUACUGUAGUACAUGUUUUGAAUUAUGCUGUUACUCUUCCUUUUUUUUUUCUUCUUAAGGAAAUAAUGUUGUGAAUGUUUUACCAUGGUCUCAUGAUGCCAAUUGUACAUAAGUUAAAUUAUUAAAUGUUUGAUGUAAAACAAGUCUGCUUUGUUAAAGGUCAAUUGUGUUCAAAACUUUUCAGAGACCUAAUUUUUAUGUAUGGUCUAGACAAGCUGCUACUCAGGGCUCAAGUAACAUUUAUUUAAAUGUACUUCAGUGAGUCUGUUUGUUUGAUUUUUUUAUCUCGUCUAAAAGCAUUGUAUUUUGUAUUAAAUCUAUUCUGAGAAGUGUUGACUCAAAAUGAACCUCUACAUUUUGUCAUGUGGUUCAUUCUUCAGUUUACCUCAAGCAGUUGCUGUAUUGCUGAAUGUAAAGUAGGAUCAUAACAAGCCAUGGAACCUCUGAAGGAAAUGGAUAAUAUCCCUGUGUAGAAUAAAGAAUGUAAAUAUGUGAAUGUUGGUUGAUUCUUAUCAUGUCCAAAGAGUAACUGCUUUGUAAAGACAAUGAAUGCACUACUGUUUUGUGGUGAGAAAUUUGUUACAGUAAUAAUUAUAUGAUGAACUCCAUGAAACUUGUGCCUACUUCCUGCAGAUGCACAUGGAUUGCAUGAUGUGAUCAGAUUUUAUAAGCAUCCCAAACUUGGAUCUUAGAUGUUACUUCCUAGAAGGUAAACCUUAGUCAUUUGUAUUCAGCUUCAUACUACUUGACCCUUGUUUUGUACAAUUUUAUUUCCAAAUGUCAUAACAAUGUUGCAUGUUGCCUUCUCACUUGUUCUUAACCAAGCAUUGUACUGGAAUUUUAUGGAUGACCCUAGAGAUAUUCUGUUCUUAAUAAAUUUUUCAACACUGA